UCGGGCAGUGUUGCGUGCGGCGCGACGUCAUUGUCCGCCCACCUUAUGAAUAUUAAUGCACCAAACGUCCCUGCGUGCCCAUACGCGAUGACGCAUCGCGACAACUGCGGGUCCCGAUUGCUGCAGCCGCUUGUCAGUGUGACGAAGAUUGGCACUCAGGUUGCCCACCUGUCGGCACAAUCUAUAAUGCCUCAGUGUUUUCCGCAUCUGCAGUAAGGUGAUGGCAGCCCAUUCGGUUUCCAUUGACAAAUACUCCAAGGCGGAGCAGCAGCAGAUGCAAAGUGUAGCAAAGUUAGAGAGUGAUUCAGAGGAGAAGUUUGAGGGGAUGUUAGCGGAGGCACCCAGCCCGCCUCUCACAGAGCCACAGACGCCCAUGGAUGUGGACAAAGACUCCAUAUACCGACAUCCCCUCUUCCCGCUGUUGGCGCUGCUGUUUGAGAAGUGUGAGCUGUCCACACUUAGUUCUGACUGCAUCACCUCGGCGAGCUUCGAUGUGGACAUUGAGAACUUUGUCCGCUGUCAGGAGAAGGAAGGGAAGCCCUUUUUCAGUGAAGACCCAGAACUUGACAACUUGAUGGUAAAAGCCAUCCAGGUACUGCGAAUCCACCUGCUGGAGCUAGAAAAAGUGAGUGACCUGUGCAAGGACUUCUGCAGCCGCUACAUUGCCUGCCUCAAAACUAAGAUGAAUAGUGAGACCCUGCUGAGUGGAGAUCCUGGUAGCCCAUACUCGCCUAUCCAAGGCCAGGCCCCAAGUUUUUCACCAACUAAAUCCCAGCUUCCCAGCUCCAUCUCAGGGAGUCCUCAUAGUCAAAUUGUGGUGCCAGCUUCAGCCCUGCAGCAAGGAAAUGUCACGGUCACAGCAGUCAAUCCCACCCAGGUGGUCGCAGGUAUGUCUUCAUGGCAUACUACCCCACCUACAGGUAGCACGGUGUAUCAGCCUGUUACAGUCGUCACUCCUCAGGGCCAGGUCGUAACGCAAGCCAUUUCUCCAGGGUCAUUACGAGUCCAAAACAAUCAGCUGCAGCUGCGGUUUCACCAGGACUUGAAUCUCUUCAAUCACGAGGACAGCUCGACAAAAAACAAACGUGGCGUUUUACCCAAGCAGGCUACGAAUGUCAUGCGCUCGUGGCUUUUUCAGCACAUUGGGCAUCCGUAUCCAACAGAGGAUGAAAAGAAGCAGAUAGCAAGUCAGACCAACCUGACACUUCUACAGGUCAAUAAUUGGUUUAUAAACGCUCGAAGGCGAAUUCUACAGCCCAUGUUAGAUGCUAGUUCCUCUGAAACGCCUAAAACUAAAAAGAAAACACCUCAAAACCGGCCACUGCAACGCUUCUGGCCUGACUCAAUUGCCUCAGGGGGAGGCACUCCGCAGCAACUUACAAUGCCAGAUGGUACGUUGGUGACGAUGAACGUCGAGGGUCUACAGAGUCUGACGUCAGACGGCGCCACUCUAGCAGUGCAGCAAGUGAUGCUUGGAGGACAUAGUGAAGACGAGUCCGGGGAUAGCGGAGACGAAGACGACGAUGACGACGACGAAGAUGCAGACAUGGCCGGGCUGGGCCUCGACAACAGCGACUCGUUGCAGUAGAGGACUCCCCCUCACAGUUCCAUCCACAGUACGUGUCCAGUAAGUCACGUGGGUCUCCCGUCACGUCCAGACAGAGCACAACACGGGAUUUAAGAGAAUUGCCCCUUCCGAAAAUCCAACUUCGCUGAAUGCCAAUUAAUGCUGCGCGUGUGUGAACAUCAGGAAUUUCAUUUCAGAAAUGUUUUUUUUUAAUUUAGUUGAUGUAGGAGAGUGCACUUUUUUUGUAUAUUUAAGCUAUAAGAAGAAAAGUGUUAAACACCACAAGCAAGUUGAAUAAAUCUUGACCGGAUUAAUAUUGGUUUUCCCGACCCCUGUUGCCAAUCCUUAGCUGAUUGUAAGUUUGGAUGGCAACAUUUUGAGGUUGCGUCUGUAAGGGUUUGUCUUUUUGCAUGCUUGUAUUUGAGUAGAUGUGUGCACUCGAACCCCUCACGUGGACCUCUGCCAGCUGAACGGAGCUCUUGAGGAGAUUUCAAAUGGAAAAAAAAAGAGAUGCUUAUUUUUAUAUUCAUACAUAUGAAAAUAGUGUUUUGUUUCAUGAGUUUGUUCUGUUUUGUAAGGGAUAUUUAUGUACAUAUUCAUAAAGCUAAUAACCCUGUUUUCCAGGGUUCUUGGAAGUUUUCUAAAAAAGGAAUAGAAUGAAAAUUAUUUAAAUUGGUUUUAAAGGUAGAAUACUAACAAGGCCUUACCCAUAUGUGGUUUUUCUUUCAAGACUUAUUGCCAAGAAGCACAAAACAAAGUGGUUAAAAUAUGCUAAAUUGCAGAAUAAUUUGACCUGUAUUCUUUCAGUAAAUACAGUAUCUGUGUUACUGUUUUUAAAAGCAGCACAUUGUGUAUAUCAUACAUUGUCAUUUUAACAUUUUACAGUGCUAUCGAUGUUUUCAAAGAUGAAAUGCACAAUCCAGAACACUACGCCGAUCAUGCAAUCACAAAGUCCUUCUUCCGUUAGAAGGACACACAGACACUGAAUUAUUACAUGAAGCACGCAUUGUUUUAUUUAUGUACAUGUGACCGCGGUGAACGGCGUCCCUCGUCAUUGGCAUGCACUACGACUCAAGUUGGAACUUGUUAGUCCCCCUGCCACUACUCAUCAGCCAAACAUUUCUGAUAUUUGAUCGCUCAAGAAUUACUGCACAAACUGUGGCACCUUUUCUUAGGAACGGUGGUACUGUUCGACAGUCGCAGUAAUUUGGUCCGUGUACCUUUGACAACAGAGUUUUUGUAAAUGUGUCGCAAAAACCUGAGAUGUCCUUUCUCAUAUCUGUCUUGCUUUUUAUGAAGCAUUACGUUUCUCUUUGUAUGGUUUGCCUUAGAGCUUUCUAUUUUGGAAUAAACAAUCUCUUAACUC